UACAAGAGUUUCAAAUUAAAAACCCUUCUUCUAUCGUCUCAUUUCCUUAAAACCUUGCAUAACCCUUCUUCUCUCAAACAAGCAACAAUGGCAACCCUAUCUAGUCUCAGCCUCGUAGCCCCAAGAGCCAUAGCCAACGCACCGGACUCAAAAAACGGUGGCCCCGUCAAGAUCCCGUACCUUAACCAGCCCUGGAAAAGGGUCUUCCAGAUGAGGUCUAGACCGAUGCAGGUAAUGAGACCAGCGAGGGCUGCCCCUGAUAGAAUUUCGGAGAAGGUGGAGCAGAGCAUCAAGGAAGCGCAGGAGUUGUGCUCCGACGACCCGGCGAGCGGUGAGUGUGUGGCGGCGUGGGACGAGGUGGAAGAGCUCAGUGCGGCAGCCAGCCACGCCAGGGACAAGCAGAAAGAUAGCGAUCCGUUGGAGAAUUAUUGCAAAGAUAAUCCGGAGACAGAUGAGUGCCGCACUUACGAUAAUUGAAUUAUUAUGGUGUCCUUUUCCAUUUUAGUUGUGUAAAACGUUUUAUUUGUUAAUGUGAAACUUAACAUGUUACUGGUUUUAAAUGAUGAAAUCCUAUACCACAUGCAAUUAAUGGAA